GAAGCGAAUGACAACGAGCAGUCAGUCAAAAUCAAAACUUUGAUUUUUCAAUUUUCAUUGAUAACGCGAAAUAAUGAAAUUUUCCUUUUCGCAUUCUAAUUUGUAAUACGGUCGUUUUUUAAAAAGCAUUAUAUUCUCAAAUCACCAUGGAGGAUGUUCUGGAUGAAAUAGUAUCAUCGGAAGACUUGCAAAAGUUCGAGAAAGUUUUCCACGAGCAGCUUCAUCAAGGCAACGUGACGCACAAGGCGCAGUUUGAGUACGCAUGGUGUUUGGUGCGAAGCAAAUACCCUACAGACAUACGAAAGGGUAUUCUCCUUUUAAAAGAGUUGUUUAACUCUCAUCCCGACGGCAAAAGAGACUACCUGUUCUACCUUGCUAUAGGCAAUGCCAGAAUCAAGGAGUACAACAAGGCCCUCCACUAUGUCAAGUCCUUCCUAGAAAUAGAACCGGCCAACCAACAAGUUUUGGCCUUAGAGCGUCAAAUAAACAAGCGCAUGGAGAAGGAGGGCCUGAUCGGCAUCGCGGUGGCGAGCGGCGCCGUGCUGGCCAUCGGCGGCAUCGUGGGGCUCGGGCUCGCGCUCGCCAACAGGAAAUAGCAUUUGGCCUUGCUAAUGAACGCUUUGUUGGGCGUUCAUUACCUCUUUACAAAGAAGAAGCAGAUUAAAGAGGAUUAGCAGGCGAAACUAAACGAUACCUAAAACAACUCACACAGCUUACAUAUAUUUAUUUAUGUAUGUACAAAUUCUUUGAUACAUGGUUCCAAAUUAAAAACAAAUAUGUUUGAAUACGCUUCUAGAUUUUAAAACAUUGUGUGGUUUUUGAAUAAGUAGCUUAGAGUUUUUUAAGUGUAAUACUAGCAAGUAGUUAGUGUAAUGUAAUGAUACAACAAAUAUGUACUUUAUUUAUUUAUUUAGAUUUAGGAAUUAUUGUGUAUGUAAGAAAUGAAUAUUGAGAAGAGUUAAUGUUUGUUAUUGUGAUUCCAUUAAAUAAACACUUUUGUUUUGGUUAA